GCGGGGGUGGGCGGGCGCGCCGGGCGGCAGGUGUCGGCAGCGUAGGCAUUCGGCGGCGAUGGAGCGGCUCCGGGGAGCUGCUGGCGACCUCUCGCGCUGGCCCCACAGUCUCAGCCUCUUCCUCCUCCUCCAGCUGCUGCCGCCGGCGACCCUCGGCCAGGACCGGCUGGACGCGCCGCCACCGCCCGCUGCGCCGCUGUCGCGCUGGUCCGGCCCCGUCGGGGUGAGCUGGGGGCCGCGCGCGGCCGCGCUUGGGGGCCCGGCUCCCCGCGGCGGCCGUUGGCGCCGCAGCGCGCUCGACGAGGAUGAGGACUGCGGCGGGGUCCGGGACUUCGUCGGCAGGCUGGCCAACAACACGCACCAGCAUGUGUUUGAUGAUCUCAGUGGCUCAGUAUCCUUGUCCUGGGUUGGAGAUACCACUGGGAUCAUUCUCGUCUUGACUACAUUCCAUGUACCACUGGUAAUUAUGACUUUCGGACAGUCCAAGCUAUAUCGAAGUGAGGACUAUGGAAAGAACUUUAAGGAUAUUACAAAUCUCAUCAAUAACACCUUCAUUCGGACUGAAUUUGGCAUGGCUAUUGGUCCUGAGAACUCUGGGAAGGUGAUUUUAACAGCAGAAGUGUCGGGAGGAAGUCACGGAGGAAGAAUCUUCAGAUCAUCCGAUUUUGCAAAGAACUUUGUUCAGACCAAUCUCCCUUUUCAUCCUCUGACUCAGAUGAUGUACAGUCCUCAGAAUUCUGAUUAUCUUUUAGCUCUCAGCACUGAAAAUGGCCUGUGGGUGUCCAAGAAUUUUGGGGGAAAAUGGGAAGAAAUCCACAAAGCAGUAUGUUUGGCCAAAUGGGGAUCAGAAAACACCAUCUUCUUUACCACCUAUGUGAAUGGCUCCUGCAAAGCUGACCUUGGGGCACUGGAAUUACGGAGAACUUCAGACUUGGGAAAAAGCUUCAAAACCAUUGGUGUGAAAAUCUACUCAUUUGGUCUUGGGGGACGUUUCCUUUUUGCCUCUGUGAUGGCUGAUAAGGAUACAACAAGAAGGAUUCAUGUGUCAACAGAUCAAGGGGACACAUGGAGCAUGGCCCAGCUCCCCUCUGUGGGGCAGGAACAAUUCUAUUCUAUUCUAGCAGCUAAUGAUGACAUGGUGUUCAUGCAUGUAGACGAACCUGGAGAUACCGGAUUUGGCACUAUAUUUACCUCGGACGAUCGAGGCAUUGUCUAUUCCAAGUCCUUGGACCGACACCUCUACACAACCACAGGUGGCGAGACAGACUUUACCAACGUGACCUCCCUCCGUGGGGUCUACAUGACAAGUGUGCUCUCAGAAGAUAAUUCUAUCCAGACUAUGAUCACUUUUGACCAAGGAGGAAGGUGGAAGCACCUGAGGAAGCCUGAGAACAGUGAAUGCGAUGCUACUGCAAAAAAUAAGAACGAGUGCAGCCUUCAUAUUCACGCUUCCUACAGCAUCUCCCAGAAACUAAACGUUCCAAUGGCCCCACUCUCAGAGCCUAACGCUGUUGGCAUAGUCAUCGCCCAUGGUAGCGUGGGGGAUGCCAUCUCAGUGAUGAUCCCAGAUGUGUACAUCUCAGAUGAUGGGGGUUACUCCUGGCUGAAGAUGCUGGAAGGACCUCACUAUUACACCAUCCUGGAUUCCGGAGGCAUCAUUGUAGCCAUCGAGCACAGCAGCCGUCCUAUCAAUGUGAUUAAGUUCUCCACAGACGAGGGUCAGUGCUGGCAAACCUACAUGUUUACCAGGGAGCCUAUCUACUUUACUGGCCUGGCUUCAGAACCUGGAGCUAGGUCCAUGAACAUCAGCAUCUGGGGUUUCACAGAAUCUUUCCUGACUCGCCAGUGGGUCUCCUACACCAUCGAUUUUAAAGAUAUCCUUGAAAGGAACUGUGAAGAGAAGGACUAUACCAUAUGGCUGGCUCACUCCACAGACCCUGGAGAUUAUGGAGAUGGCUGCAUUUUAGGCUAUAAAGAACAGUACCUACGGCUACGCAAGUCUUCCGUCUGUCAGAAUGGUCGGGACUAUGUUGUGACCAAGCAGCCGUCCGUCUGUCCCUGCUCCCUGGAGGACUUCCUCUGUGAUUUUGGCUACUUCCGUCCAGAAAAUGACUCCAAGUGUGUGGAACAGCCAGAACUCAAGGGCCACGACCUAGAGUUUUGUUUGUACGGGAGAGAAGAGCACCUGACGACAAAUGGGUACCGGAAAAUUCCAGGAGACAGAUGCGAGGGCGGAGUGAAUCCUGCUCGAGAAGUGAAAGACUUGAAAAAGAAGUGCACAAGCAACUUUCUGAGUCCAGAAAAGCAGGACUACCGCCCACAGGGACACAACUUGUCCCAGAAUCCAGCUCCGCCUCCUCUUGGAUACAUUGAAAACACACACACCCUAUCUCCCACCCAAAAGCAGAAUUCCAAGUCAAAUUCUGUUCCGAUUAUCCUGGCUACUGUGGGAUUGAUGCUGGUCACAGUCGUAGCAGGAGUGCUCAUUGUGAAGAAGUACGUCUGUGGGGGAAGGUUCCUGGUGCAUCGAUACUCUGUGCUCCAGCAACAUGCGGAGGCCAACGGUGUGGAUGGUGUGGAUGCUUUGGACACAACCUCCCACACUCAUAAAAGUGGUUAUCAUGAUGACUCAGAUGAGGACCUCCUGGAAUAGCUCCUCAAAGGAGCUGGGACUGAGCACAGAUGAUGGAACCGCAGUACCUCUUACACUCCCUGUGGCUCCGACUUGGGGAAAUAAAUUUCCCAUUGCGAGGGACCCAGCUCUGUUUCUGCUGCUUCCAUCAAAGCCAAAAGGACCUACACUAAAGAAAUGGGGGGUGGGGACCAUAAACACUCUUACAAUUGGCCCUGAGAAGAGAGGGAAAAUUUCUAAUUCUUUAACUUUUCAUUUCAAGUUCUGUCUUUUUGCAAGGUACGGGCCCUUUUCGGUUUUGUUUUUGUUUUUUAAGGGAAAUGAAAUGGAAUUGAAGGGAACUUUUCACUAACCCCACUGUUGCAUGUUUUGCAUGGCGCCUGCCCCAGGGCACCUGCCAGCUUCAGCAUCAACUCUCACAAAGCACUUGGUGCCGUCCCUGGGCUGUGCUGGCAACACGAAGCAGCCGCAGAGAUGAGCACAGAGGCUGCGAUGACUGGCACAGCCUGGGCAGCCUUUCUCCAUCUGGGGACAGCCCCGCUCCAAGAACACUGCACACCAGCUCCUCACACAGAUCCCUGCUUUUUGUUGUUGUUGUUGUUGUUUUUUCAGGGACCAUAGGCCACAGUGAUUUUUCUUUUCCCCUGUUUAAUUAGGCAAUACCCUCAUUAAUUGCCCUUUGGCAACUAACUUACAUGUGCUUCCAAGACACUAAAUCAGGAAAACUUAAAGGGUAAUAUUUUUAAUUUGGGGCAGGAAAAAGGGAGCAGCAGAGAAUUGACUAGAUUUAGCACCUAUUAAAGGAGAAACUCUUGCUUCUUCCGAGAUCUUUCAAGCCAUGCUUUGUGUGUGUGCCAGUGGACUUGCUCAAGGUCUGGGUUCAGGCUUGCCCGGGCUGUGUGCCCAGGCUGAGCGAGCUCUUCGCUGGAGUGGCUGGUGGCAUGGGCCGUGCAGCCCCUGAGGAUGGCACGUCACAGUCUUCUGCGUCCCCUCCUGCCUGCUGUGCUGGCUCCUUGGUGAAUCAUUAGAAUGGCUGCUUAUUUGCUUCCUCUUAGGUUGCUGCUCUGCAUGGAGCCAUGACUAGACAUGUUUUCAGAUUUAGGCUUUUUUAAAAAAAUCAGAAUUUUAUUACCAGACUCUCCUCCUCUGCCCUUUUUCCCAGCUUUGCCAAGUAAUUUGUUGGCAUGAAACUUUUGGCUGAACCAACUGAAAAACACACUUCUAGUGUAGAUGAUGUUUCGUGUGAUACAUUAAGUUCGUAUUUUAAAUUUAAAAAAAUUUUCCUUUUGACAUUUUUAAAAAUGAGAUAAAUUAGAAAAUGUAGCAAGAUGGAUUUUGGGGUGGCCAUAUAGUGAUGGAAAGCUGCAAUCGUUAGUUUUAAUACAGCUUGACUAUUUGCUAUACCGGAAUAUAGUAGCACGUUUUCAGUCUUAGCAUACCUACUGUGCCGGUCACAGUUUCUCCCAAUAAUUAUGAUUGGGACAUUCUUUGAUAAACUGCCGUUUUGUUGCUAGUUCACUUUAUGGCUAGAAAGUCAGGAAAAAGUAAAUGUGCCAAAUUAACUGUUGUCAGAAUGCGUGAGCAGAUGGCUGAGUUCUCUCCUCACCAGAAUGGAUUCACAGCCGCAGGGAAAGUGGGGGAGGGAAUGGAUGGAGAAUUCUAGAGACUUUGAAACUGCAGUAAACUUAAAUGAGUCAGGGAGCUAUAAAGUUAGGGCAGUUUUUGUAAAGAGAGUUAAUACUUGUUAGAGCCAGAGAACACUAGUCUUUUAGGAAAAGCUCAUUCCUUUUACAAGGUUUUUAAAUUAAAAGUAAUUCCAAAGAUAUACCAGCUCACAAAUGAUUAAGUAUCGGCUUUUGUCCCCGGUUGCCCUCACCUCCUGCCCAAAAUGAAUUUGAUGUCCAGAAAAGACCUACUUACACCAUACACCUCUUCUCCCCACAUAUACCCGCUCGGGUAGGUGUGCUGAUACAUGGUAAUUCUCUGAUUAGUUUUAAGAUAGGAAAGUUAAUAUUCUUCUCUAACCGUAUAAGAUUAGGGCUCUUUGCCUAUAAUGAUAUUUCUAUAGAACUUGGCAGUUUUCACAGCACUUUUUCUCUUGCAUUAUGUAAUUUGAACCUUACAACAUUCUCGUGAGAUUUUAAAAAAAAAAAGGCGGGGAUUGUAAUCCCCAUUAGAGAUGGAGCUGAGGUACAAAAACGGAGCAAGUCGCCAGGGUCCCUGUGUGUUACGAGCACCGCCAGUGGUUGUCUUCAGAUCUCGUAUACGUUUUGAUGCGCGCCAGUGCUGAGCACCUGGAGAGGGCUGCUCUCUUAUAGAUGACUUGCUAUUCUUUAGGAUGCGGAUCAGUGACAUUUCUUGCAGAGCAGUAUUUAGCUCUUUUUUGCCACCUUGGUAAACAGAAGAGUUUAUUCUCCUGUUGUUCAUGGUUGAAAACAAAAGUAAUGGUAAUUUUGAAUAUGUGUUUAGAAACCGCCCCUCACCUUGUUGAGGGUCACUGUUCAAGAGUGCAGGAAUGGAAUCUCCAUUGAUGAGGCACCCUCUUCAUUCUUCUUGUCCUCCCACCACUGGCUGGCUAGCGAGCUCAGUUGGUUUGAGGACUGCUAACAAGCCUGGCUAGUUAGCCUUCUGGGUCAGCCUGCACUCACACAAGUGUAUGCCCUCAGCCAGACAGGAAAACGGCCUAAAUCCAUGACAGCUUCUAAGAAAAGAAGAUAGCCAAUUUGUCCUAUCGAUGUUAGGUUAGGAGAAUUAUCUUUGAAAGUAAAGUUGUGUAAAGUCUCAGGCUUGAUAGCAAAAGAUUAUUUCAACAAUAGAAGUUAGCACUGUAAGGUAGGUUGGACAUAUUAGACCGUCCAAAGUGACCUGAGCUCUAAAAUCCAGGCGGAGAACUCAUCAUCCUUCGUGCUCUGUGGACAGGUGUCUUGGACGUAAGGGGGCUCUUGGUUUUUAGUGAGACCAGAGACCAGGGAUGCAUACACCUAGGCUGUUCAUUGAAUGGGAAUGCCCCUUAGAAGAAUGAAAGCGUUUGGAGGAUUGUGGCAGUUCUAGGCUGGGCUUAAGAGAUUCAACAGAUUAGCUGUAACUAAAACUUAGAAUUUGCCGUCUGCCUCUGAAUAGGCUUUCCAGUGUGCGUCUCUGUAAUUCUUAGGUUUGCCUCUGGGCCUCUACAUGCCCAAGCUGGCCUUUCAUCCCUGACAGAUAAGUAAUGAACUGGCCACCGCUGGCUCUGUAAACCAUGGCUGGUUCUCCCAUGGCCUUCAUCACGGUACAAGGAUAGAGAGAGGAGUGCAGGGCAGUUCACAUCCACCCCAGGUGGCAGGACUGUCGUGACUUGAGUCAUUUCUUUAUUUUCUAGGCAAAUGAUUCAGGUAGAGAGAUUCUCUCUUUCCUUUUCGGAGAGCUUUAAAGAGCCCCGCUCCUGUAUGCAAUGGCUUAGAGCUCGCCCUGCUCAUUUUUGGUACCGCCCCCUUGCCUCACAUGAAGCCCAGAUACUUGGAACUGCUAAAAUAGGAAGAGAUUCAGCUUUUCAACUUUGCUACUACCUUCCCUCAAGCAGGAAGAUUAACAUGGACUUACAUGUCCUUUGGACAAAAACCAAAGUUUAAGAUUUGCCACAUGAUGGAGUGAUAGGGAGGGCCAGACUUUCAGCACUGGCACUCAGCAGGUGCCAGACUUUCUGUUCCAUCUGCCACUGAUCCGCCCAGCUCAGGCAGCUCUGGCAGUGCUGUCCUGCCCUAGCAGAGCCCAGGCCUCACCCUCAUGGAGGAUGAUUAAAAUAGCAGGAACAUGUUGAUUUCUUGGCUACUUUGCAUUAUAACAGUAAGAAUCAGAACAUUAAUUAGAAAUUGUCUUCAACAACUUAACUGUACGCAUUUUUUCACACUGGUACAUUUUUAAGCGUCCUUGUUUAUAUAGGAUAACUUAAACUAAUCUGUACCUUUCUAUAUAUAUAUGUGUGUGUGUACAUAUAUACAUGUAUAAACUGUAUAGUGUACAUGUUAAUGAUUUAUUGAUAUGUCCCAAGUCUUUAAUGCAGUUCUCAUCCUCCGCAUGCCCUCAGUUUGUGGUCGGGUGACUUAAAUGUUCCUGAUGAUUCUGCCCACCUCCUGUGUUUGGACGUCUAGGGAGGAGGGGUUUGAUGGCACCCUCCUUAUCCUCGUGCACAGAAAUGCUCAGGGUCCCCGUGUGCCUGUUGUCCAGCCCUGUCUUGUCUCUUGUUCCCUAUCAGCAUGUGGUCCCUCCUUGCUCUGUAACUUCUCUGCCUCCACCCCAAGCUGUCGGUACAAAAGUGUAAAGCAGUAUUAAGAUCGUUACUGCAUGUAUGCUAAAAACCCAAGUUUUCUGUUCCCUUGGGACAGAAAAUUGCAUGUGAGGUGGGAUAAUCAAGUUUCAAUGACCAAUGUCGGUUACACAAAAAAGCCAGACCCUAGAAUAAAAUUCCACAAAAUGGAAAUAAAACUCAAAUUUCUUUAGCAUUAUGUAAAUAAAUCUGGGUGUGUUUAACUUUGUACUGGUAAUUUUCUGUAUAUUUGCAAUAUUUGGGUUAGAAAUAAAACAGACUGGACUUUGUUACCUGACCUACUAAAA